CACCCCCCUCGACCUCCCACCCCAGAAGCAGCCGUUAAACGGCUGAUUCUGCCAGCCGAGUCCUGGCACCUCGGAGCUCCCUGGCAAUCUCCAGACGUCUCUUCUCGCUUUGCUCCAGUAGGUUGCCUCUUGAUGCACGGGCAGAAGGUUGUAGGGGCAAGUGAAGGGUUUUCAGGCUGUCUAAAGCCCCAAGUCCUUAGAGAAAAGGGGGUGGGAAUUAACCACUGGCAAUCUAUUUUCCUUUAAGGGAAAGCAGCCCACGGGGUUAAACUUGAGGCUUGACACAGCCAUAUUCUUAGCAAUUUUGGGACGGCUGGUAUAAGACCCACACAUCUUACUCUGUAUCGUGGCACCUGUGGAAAGUGUGCCGUUGCCAAAAAUUAAGCGGGCAGUUCCCUGCCCGCAAGGGACCUACAAUACAACAAAUAACCCAAAGGAACAGAGGAAGGGGAAGGGAAUGCAGGCAGCCAUAAACAAGGACGAAUCUGCAAGUAUUACAGUGAAACUGGCACCAAAUUUAGGAUGGUUCCCCCAUGAAGGACGCCGAGCCGAUGGGGUGCAAAAUUGAGAAGAUCCAUAACUGAGGAGAUCCAUUUGGGGGCGCCCAAUUUUGGCCUCGCACAGGGUGCCACAGUACCAAAGUCCACCCCUGGCGAAACAGAUGUGUUUUAUUUAUUAAAACCUUCCAUCGGGCUAGAUUUCAAGGCAGUCUGUAUCAGCAGACACAAAAUGAAAGCAGCAGGUUAAGCCUUAGAGCUAAGUGAUAAUAUACAUUCUUAGGCUCCGUUUCAGGAAGGCAUGGGAAGAAAGUGGUGGUGUUAAGGGGCUCGUGGAAAAGGUGGGUUUUGAGGGAGGAUGUGAAGGGGAAAAGAGGGGACAUUGCACAGGGUUCCUGGGAGCCAAAACAGGAGCAGGGGGAAGAAAUUCGAUCCACUUCACAUUAAAAGGGCAAAUUUACUUCGUUCGCAUUUCCCGAAAAGUGGAAAAAGAAGCCUAUUUUCAGCAUAUGUAUGGCCUCAGUACAGAAAUUUCAAGAUGUCCUUGCGAUGACAAAACAAAUGGAAUCCGUGAAAUGCUACAAAGAUGGCGCUUACAUCAUGUUACCGGAAGCUGAAUCUGUAGGGUUCACUGUCUGUAUUUCAUCAGGUGAAUUUGCACAUAAAUGUACAGAAACAAAUGCCGUAUAUAUUUGGAUUUUUAGAAAAUGUUACAUACCUUUAAAAUAAGAUCAAGAGAAGAAGAAGUGGUGGGACAAGUAGAACAUAUACAGUAUAUGUGGAAAUACACACGAACCAAAACACAAGCCGUCCUUCGCAACGUGCCCUUCUUGGAUUUUACCAUGCCUUUUUCCAGCCACAUAAUGCAUUUGAAAAUUCAUAUGCUAAGGCAAAGUAUCCGUAUACAGUGGUACCUUGGUUCUCAAACUUAAUCUGUUCUGGAAGUCCAUUCUAAAAGCAAAGCGUUCCAAAACCAAGGCGUGUUUUCCCAUAGAAAGUAAUGCAAAAUGGAUUAAUCCGUUCCAGACUUUUAAAAACAACGCCUAAAGCAGCAAUUGAACAUGAAUUUUACUCACUAACGAAACCAUUGAUCCAUAAAAUGAAAGCAAUAAUCAAUGUACUGUACUAUAAAAUAAAUCAGUAUUGUAGAUGAUAAUUUUUUUAAAAAAAUAAAAUCAUACGUGCACUGAUGAUAGUCAUUGUUUGGAUGGGGGGCUUUUAUCCAUUUCUGCAGUCGCACAAUCAGUCAGUAGCUGAACUGGGUUCCACACAGUCACAAAAACAAAUUAACCGAAAAAGCUUUAAAAACAAAAACGCUUUUAAAAUAAGUAGCAAAAACAAAAGUGCCAAACAUAAUCCGUUCUGGAAGUCCGUUUGACUUACGAAAUGUUCAAAAACGAAGGUGCAGGUGCCCCCGAAACAAUAGCCGAUAGCCCCAUCGGACGUUCAGCUUCCGAAAAACAUUCAGAAACCGGAACACUUACUUCCGAGUUUUCAGCGUUUGAGAACCAAGGGGUUUGGGAACCAAGGUACCACUGUAAAAGCACAAAUGAGUGAAAAAGGCGUACAAAAAUGCAUUACGUUUGGGGAAAUCCGGUAUACUGUAUUAAGGAAAAGUGCUUUGCAAAAAUGGAUAUGUUAGAAAAAAUAUUAUAUGCAAAACUUCAUUACAUCUGGGGAAAUUGCUUUUCAACAGUAGGUGCGUUACUCUGUAUAGAAAAAUGGGUCUGUUGGGGUAAAUUUUCACUAGAAUGUUGAAGAAUCUUCAUGAGGAUUUUGGGAGGCUGUGAGAGGUGCAGAGACAGAAGGGAGAAAGGGUGGAUGGAAGAGAAGGAGGCAGAAUAGUAAUAGUAAUAGUAAUAGUAAUUUAUUAUUUGUACCCCGCCCAUCUGGCUGGGUUUCCCCAGCGACUCUGGGUGGCUUCCAACAAAGAUUUAAAAUACAUUAAAAUGUCACACAUUAAAAACUUCCUUGAACAGGGCUGCCUUCAGAUGUCUUCUAAAUGUCAGGUAGUUGUUUAUCUCUUUGACAUCUGGUGGGAGGGCGUUCCACAGGGCGGGUGCCACUACCGAGAAGGCCCUUUGCCUGGUUUCCUGUAACUUGGCUUAUCACAGUGAGAGAACCGCCAGAAGGCCCUCGGAGCUGGAGCUCAGUGUCCGGGCUGAACAAUGGGGGUGGAGACGCUCCUUCAGGUAUACUGGGGUGAGGCCAUAUACCUGGCCCUGUAUUUACAAAAUGGCCCUGUAUUUACAAAAUGGCUGCCAUGGCUGGUUUCCCACAUCCCUACAUCCUGCCAGGGGCUGGGGAUGGCGCUUUCCCAUUGCCAGGUGGACUUCCCAAACACUGAAGCCCACCCUGUGCCUCUCCCUCCACAGGUGAUGGCUGCCCACGUACCCCAAGCCCCCGGGCUGCCCCAGAUGCUAAAGGCGGGCAUGAAGUACUUCAGUGGCCUGCAGGAAACCCUCUUCAGCAACCUCACAGCCUGCAAGGCCUUGGUGCGCUCCUUGCGCACCUGCUACGGCCCCCUGGGCCGCAACAAGCUGGUGGUCAACCACCUCGGCAAGAACUUCCACACCUCCCAUGCCGCCACCAUCCUCCGGGAGCUGGAGCUGGAGAACCCGGUGGCCUGCCUUCUUCGCACCGCGGCCGAGACGCAGGAAGUGGAGACGGGGGACGGGACCAAUUUCGUCAUCCUCCUGGCCGGGGCGCUCUUGGAGAACGCCGAAAAGCUCCUGCACUCAGGGCUGCCGGUGGUCCACAUCCGGGCCGGCUACGAGAUGGCCUGCAAGGAGGUCCUGCGGUUGCUCCCCGGCCUGUCCUGCUACGUCCUGAAGAACCCACGGGACGUCGAAGAGGUGUUGUGGGUCCUGCAAACCGCCGUGGGCAGCAAAGUCUUUGGCCACCAGAAAGCCUUGGCCAAGCUGGUGGCCAAGGCCUGCAUCCUGGUGCUGCCGCCGGACCGCGCGGCCUUCAACGCGGACCUCAUCCGCGUCUGCAAGAUCCUCGGGGGCGGCGUGGCCGACUCCAGCGUGGUGGAAGGGGUGGUCGUCUGCGCGGAGGCCGAAGGGAUCGUCCGGCGCAUGGAGAGGGCCCGCAUCGCGGCCUACUCCUGCUGCUUCGGCCCGUCUGGUUUCGAGGCGAAGAGCACCGUCGUCUUCAACAGCGCGUCGGACAUCAAGCUCUUCAGCAAAAGCGAAGAGAACAUCAUCGAGCAGCGGAUUCUGGACCUGGCCAGAGCCGGCGUCACCGUGGUGGUGGUCGGGGGCAAGGUACACGAGAUGGCGCUCUUUUACGCCAACCGGUACCGGCUGAUGGUCGUCCGGCUGCGCUCCCGGAUGGAGCUACAGCACCUGUGCAAGGCGGUGGGGGCCACGCUGCUGCUGACCGUGACCCCGCCGGCGCCCGAGGAGCUGGGCCACUGCCGCCGCGUCUACAUGAGCGAGAUUGGCAGCACCAACGUGGUCGUCUUCAGCCAAGACGGCAUCGCUUGCCCUGUGGUCACCAUCGUGCUCAGAGGGGCCACCACGGAGAUGUUAGACUGUGUGGAGGAGGCCAUCCACGAUGGCAUCAACGUCUACAAGGUCUUGGGCAGCGACGCCCGGCUGCUCCCUGGCGCCGGGGCCACCGAGAUGGCGCUGUCGGUGCGGCUGAGUACCUUGGGGAUGUACUUCCCCGGGUCCGAGCAGUACGGCAUCUUGGAGUUCUCCCAGGCCCUGAAGACCCUCCCGGCUACCCUGGCGGAAAACGCAGGCCUGCCGGUCAACGAGGUGAUGGCCAAGAUGGAGGUUCAGCACCAGCUGGGCACCCAGAACACGGGCCUCAGGCUGGCGAGCGAGGAGGCGGGCACCAUUGAUGCCGCCAAAGAAGGGCUGUUCGACCCAUUCUUGGUGAAGUACCGAGGCAUCACGCUUGCGACCCAGACGGCCGUCACGCUGCUGGGCGUAAGCGAGGUCAUGAUGGCCAAGAAGAGUGGUGGGCCCAAGCCUAGAGGGGAGAACCCUAACUGGGACCAAGAACCAGAUGCGUUGGAUUGACGUCUUGGAUACUAGCCAAUGUCACCUUAUCAAUAAAGUACAAUGGCCAUGGUUAA